AGGCUGAAUGGCGCAAGGCUGAGGACCUGCAAAUGGAGGUCUCGCGGUUGGAACAACAGUUGGAAGAUCAGGAGACCUGCAUGCGCGGCUUGCGCGAGCAGCUCCAGGCGAGGGAGCUGCAAAGUCAACAAGAACAGCUGGUGUGGAAGCAGGAGUUGGAUCGGAAGGUCAGUGAUGAGCAAGCCACGCGGCGUGAGAAUCAACAGCUCCAAGAAUUGCAUGAGGAGACCCUGCGCGCGGAGAAGCAGCUUCAAGCGAAUGAGGCACGGCUGGCGCAAGACUACGCCCAGAAGCUUCGCAGCUACGAAUCUCACUGCAAAGACUUGAAAGAUGAAGUGUUGAACAUGAGCUCAAGGCAGGAUCAGGAGCGGAGAGAUUGGAGGAAGCAGCUCGAUGAGGCGCAAACAGCGUUGGAAAAGGCAGAAGAGACCUGCACCAAGAGGCUGCAGGCUAUGGCUGAAGAUCACAAGAAGCACCUGCAGGUUCUGACCUCCAAACACAAACGAUCCUUGUCGAAGGCAAAGACGCAGCUCCAAGAAAAGCAAGGGAAGUACAAAGACUUGGCCAAACAGGUGGCUCAGCUUCAGUCAGAGAAGGCGGUUGCAGUGCGGGUGUGCGAGGAGAACAAGCGUUUCUUCGAGCUGCGCUUGGCCGAACACGCAACGUAUACCUCGCCUCGGCGCUGGCGUGAUGUUAGCCCUGAGAUGCGCGACUUGGCGGAGCGCCAUGACGAGCACGAGCGGCAGCUGCGAAUGUUGUGUGGAGACUGAGGCAGAAGAUUUGCAAGGAAGUUCUUUGAUGUGCAAUAAUUCGGCAUGUACACUUUGGUUUUCACAUUGCGCCCCCAGGCAGGUUGUACUGUAG